CACCAUUUCAAGGCAGCGGCAACACUUCACCGAAACCACCCACCACGAUGCACAUGAAACUUGCACCGCCUGACGAGGAAAGUUCUAGUACCCUGCAACCUGAGUUCCAGCCCUACAAGUUGCACUUUGUGCCAGAGGAGAAGAACUUGUUGCUGGAACAUUGGCGUGGCGUGGAGCUGUUCACGGACAGGGUGGUCAUCACGCAGACUGGACAUUACUACAUGUACAGCAGUGUGGCCUUCAGGCCAGACUCACCCUUAAAGUGUGGGGACUUUCAGUAUCAGACGUGGAACAACAGCAUCCUACUGACUCGACCAGAGAACGCUGCUGUGGGGGAGACGCUGGUGACGGCCACACACACCUGCUGUGAUGAGUGCAAGCAUAACCAGGAAACCACAUACGCAGCCGGCGUGUUCCUGCUACAGACAGGAGACUCCAUCAACGUGGAGGUGUCCGGCAGUCGACUGGUCAGUUACAAGCCACAGUCCACUUUCUUCGGUCUGGUGCUCCUCGGGUCCUACAGGACGGAAGGAUAA